AUGAGCUCUCAAGUAGUAGAUGGCCUGUCUAAAUGCAGAGUCAAUUUAUCAAAUCAUUUUCUUAAAACUCUAGAGAAAUUUAAAAUAAGAUACUCAGGAUUGUAUUACCAUUUGUCCUACAAGAAUGAUUAUCUGAACAGAGUUAUACAAAAUGAACAUGACUACACAAAACUAAAUCCUCUAGCAAACCUGGAACAAAAAUCCAAAACACCUUCUGAGUAUGAGUAUAGAUGGCACUCUUCAUUGAUAGCCAAUUCUAACAACUUCAACCAAGAUAAUUGCACAGUGGGACAGCCUACUUCAAAAUGUCAAGAGCAAAUAUUAUAUGCAGAUAAAACUCAAGAGUUGUUAGAAUUGCUUACAAACUCUAAAGAUGAGAUUAUAACGGCAAGGUCCCUCAGCUUAAAGAAAUGA